CUUGCGUCAAAACAGAGCAACACAGCAACAACGCUACAAUCUUCUUCCCGGUAGCCCAAAAGACCACAGACGUAUAUCAGCACGAGUUGCGUUAAAAGUCAUUCUGUCGCCACCAUGAGAGAUGUUACCGGGUACCUCAAACAGCAGCAGAGCAACAGCUCGACGCCGGAGAUGGCAACUGAGUGGCACAAACUGGAGGAUUUGCACAACAAAAGGUUGUGGCAUCAAUUGACACUGAGACUGACCGAUUUCGUCAAAGACCCUUGUUUCAAAAACGGAGAUGGGCUAAUACAGUUAUAUGAAAAUUUCCUCAGUGACUUCGAACACAGAAUCAAUCCAUUGUCCCUUGUGGAGAUCAUUCUCUAUGUUGCCAGACAGAUGACAGAUCCCAAAGACGCAAUCACUUUUCUUGAGAAGACCAAGGAAAAAGUGAAAAGCAGUGAUGAAGCGGUCAUUCUCUGCAAAACGUCCAUUGGCAGUCUCAAGCUUGAAAUCAACGAUCUUCCAGCGACAAAGAAACUAAUCGAGGAGGUUGAGGAAAUGUUGAAUAAUUUGCCAGGUGUCACAUCAGUGCACGGCAGGUUUUACGAUCUCUCAAGCAAAUAUUAUCGCAUCAUUGGGAACCACGCCUCAUAUUACAAGGAUGCCUUGAGAUACCUCGGUUGUGUGGACAUCAAAGACCUUCCAGAGACGGAGAAGCAGGAAAGAGCCUUCACUUUGGGAUUGGCUGGUCUGUUAGGAGAAGGUGUUUACAACUUUGGCGAACUGCUGAUGCACCCUGUGCUGGAGUCCCUGAGGAACACAGACAAACAGUGGCUCAUUGACACGCUGUAUGCAUUCAAUGGAGGCAAUGUAGAAAAGUUCCAGGAAUUCAAGUCUGCAUGGGGCCAACAGCCUGACCUUGCAGCACAUGAAGCCAAACUGAUGCAGAAAAUCCAACUCCUCUGUGUGAUGGAGAUGACUUUCACGCGUCCGGCAAACAACCGGCAGCUGACCUUCACUGAAAUUGCUCAGAGUGCCAAAAUUCCUGUUAAUGAGGUGGAACUUCUUGUCAUGAAGGCUCUGUCCGUUGGACUCAUUAAAGGCAACAUUGAUGAGGUGGACAAGAAGGUGCAAAUGACUUGGGUGCAGCCUAGAGUGUUGGACCUACAGCAGAUCAAAGGUAUGAAGGAACGCUUGGACUUCUGGUGCGGAGAUGUUAAGAACAUGGCCAUGCUCGUGGAACAACAAGCCCAUGACAUCCUCACCUAAGACUGUGUCCCUCCUGAACACUGCCUCAACACUCUUUGACCUGUUAUGCCUGUUCUUUUUUUCUUCUGUUGGACCGCAUCCUUUCAGUAACAGGCACUUUUCAUAACUAACUUGUGUUUUACAAAAAAAAUGUUCAUAAUAUUAUCGCAGUAUGGACAAAUUAAGUCCUUGACCUCAAUAAAAAUGUCCCCAAAAAUGUCUAUUUUUACUUGAUAAAC